AUGGUUCAGCCUACCGGGUCUAUGGCUGGUUCUUCUUCUGCAGUACUCCCCUCAGGGAAAGCUUUCCAGACACCGACAGGACGAGAUGAUAUUCUGGUCUAUUCGCCGUCAGAGGCGGAUCAUGCAGAACAUUUACGAGCAGUGCUUAAAAUCCUUCGAGACAGAGAGCUGUUCGACAGUGAUGAUGGAUAUGGUGGUGGUGAAAUUGAUUGUGGUGGUAGUGGCGGAUAUGGUGGUAGUGAAAUUGGUGGUGGCAAAUUUGGUGGUGACGGAUAUGGUUGUGGUGAAAUUGGUGGUGGGGGUGGUGGCGGAUAUGGUGGUUCUAGUGAAAUGGGGCGGGGAGAUGAUUUAAUGAUUGAGAAGAUAUAA